UUUCGAUUCAAAAGAAAAUGAAAAAGAAAGAUAUCGAUAUGAAAACUGCGGAGGAUACUUUUGGGAGUCACACUUCAAGGACAGAUGCCGAGACAAGAAAGAAAGGAGCACCACAUAUGUUGUUUUAUAAUUCAAAAUUAUCAAAGAAAAAUCUUCGAGAAGAGUACUUCUCAAAUAAUACAAAGAAGAGCAUAAGAGCCUAACCAGAGUGAAAUGAGGUCGAGAAAUAUUAGGUCAAAUCAAGGAACCUUGAACUUCAAUAAGGAUGUCAAGUCUGAGUUGCCUGGGUCGAGAGUGACCUUUCGCCAGAAGGAAAAAUCAGAGUCUCAGUUCUUCUUGACAGAAACUCCUCAAAUGUAUAAAAGCCCAGAGUCUAUACAUAACCAAGCAGCAAGAACAUCUCGAAUAAGAGGAAAGAAGAAAUCAAAUAUUGAGAAAAGAUUCAAAAGGAAACUUCAAUCAAAGACUCCGAUACUGAGAGAGAAUUUAGGGAGUCCAUUGUUCAAGAUUCCAAGAAGAAGACCUCAAAUUGAUCGGUUCAUGCAACAAAGAACAUCAAAGAUUUUGAAGCAUAAAUAAGAUCUAUCAUAACAUAAAACUGGAGGAUUUUGCUUCUGACUCAGAGAGUGACAACAACCUCUUAAAUACACCAAAGAAAACAGAGCCUAAGAAGGAUCGGAUGCGUGAUCUCACUGAGAAACUUAUCCCUACACUCAACAGAAGGCUGUACACUAGAGGGAGGGAUACCCCUCCCUCUGAUAGGAACCUUCUUAGUGGUUUAAAGGAUAAAUUUGAAGAUAGAGAUGACUAUGAAGUCAUUAAUGAUAUGGUCUCUGAUGCUAAAGGUAAUAAUAAUUUUAGAAGCCUUGAAAGAGUCUUUUAUACUGCACGAGAGAGUAUCACUGAUGACCCUCUUUUGAAUAAAAAGUUUGAUGAGUUAAACUUUGAGGAUAAAGCUAAUCAAAGUCAGAAAGACUUCUUCAAGUUCCAAACCAGCUACAUUGAGAAAUGUAAAAAGAUGGGUGUCUUACCUCUCCCUCUCGCCAAGAAAAUCAAGUAUGAUGGCCUUGCCUUUGACAACUACCCGAUCAACAGGCCGAUCUCGAAGGCUCUGGGCAGAUCGAUGAACUACUUGAACACAAACAUCAAGAGCAUCAACCUGACGAACUGCAACAUGGACGACAAAGCGAUUUCGUACAUCAUCAAAGGGAUGAUUUACAACCCGAUUGAGUCUCUAAUUAUUCAGAACAACGUUGUUGGAGAGAAGUCCAUCCAAGCAUUGAUCAAAGCUAUUAAUAUCAGCCAUUGGAACUGAAAAAUUGAUGGUAGAGAAGCCAAGACUAGAAUACGUCAUCUCGAGCUUAACAAAUGCAUCCCAAAUUCAUCCUUAAUGAAUGUUUUAAUGAGAGAGCUGAGUAAAAACAGAAUGAUAGAAAAUCUCAGGCUCUCGUCAGUAGACUUUAACACUGAAUCAAUAACUCAUUUAGCAGAAUUUGUAAUGGAUAACUUCUCUUUUCAGAGCUUGAACCUAUCAUGGUCUGAGAUAUCCAGUAAAGAAUUGAUUUUAUUUUUCACUCUUAUUGAGAAUGUAAAGCAUUUACAGCAGCUAGAUAUUUCAACUAUUCCUUUUAUCGGAUAUAAUUCAGGAAAACUGGUGGAACUUCUUAAGAAACAUAUUAUCAACAAUCCAUCUUUAAUACACUUGAACAUCAGCAGCUGCAACCUUGGCAUUAAAGAGUUGAAGAUUUUGUACGAAGGAAUUAAGAAAUCAAAGUCACUUCUAGCAGUCCACCUUAGUGGCAACAUUAAGCGAGAAAAUUUGAGAAAUAUUGCUUCAAACAAGCCUAACAAGAUUGGAAAAGCACCAUUUAGUAAAUAAGGAUACUUUAAGCAGGAACCGAAUCAUUAAAUAUAAAAGCGAUAUCUGCAUUAGUAGGAGGGUGGACCACACAAUGCAAGAAAGGCUUGAUAGGCAGAAACGCCAAGCAUUAAUGUUUGAGAGAUAUAAGCAAAGCCAAAGGAGAAAACUUGGCUUUAUCAAAGAGAGAAAGACAAAAUUUGAGACCACUGAUAGUAGAAUAAUUCUGUACAGAUUCCUUGGCCAUAUCGAAAUACUUGAUGGUCACAAAUGGAAGUCGAGCACAAGUUGUUGGAUAUGAGACAAGUGGAAGUACACUUGCAUCAUUGCAAACCCAUUAACCGCUCAUGCCAAUUUCAAAAACUCAAGUGAAUUUAAUUGAGGCUAUUAUCAUCAAAAGAUUAUUGAUAAUAACUCCCCUGAGGAGUUAAAACUAGCCAAUAGUGUCGAAAUUCCAACAAUUACAGGAACAUUUUCGCAAUGGAAGCUACAUAAGAUGAUUAGAAUCGAUAAGUUUUAUGACUGCUUGCUAAGGAACAAGCUUCCCAGCAAGAGGAUCUACGUGAAGGAAGAGAAAAAUGACCUUACUACAAGGAUAUCUAAGAUAUUAAACAACGAGAUUUACACUACAUACCGCAAUGUGAAGGGAUUUGUGACAAGAAAAUAGACCUACUAUUAUUGAGAAAAUAAUCCAUGAGAAAUUUGCACAUCGCUUUACCACCAAGACUCAUAAGAGAAAAAGUGUUAAAUAAAGGCAUUGAGGAAAUAAUGGAGAUGAGGUUUGAAAAUUUAGGAAGUAUCCGAUCGAAGAAUAUUGGGAAGCAGAAAGUGAUCAAAUGUAUUCAGAGAUCCAGGAUCUUCAAUAUAAUUUUCAGGAUAGUAGAGAGAGCAAGAGUUCCUUUCUACAAAUCAGGCAAGUUUGGAGCCAUCUACAGCAGUGAAGUGUUCUCUUUAAUGAAAAAGGAACAGCCUCAUUUUAUUAUUGAGCCUGAUGAGAUAGGCGAUACUCAUAAGCGUCUUGUGAUUGACCAGCCUGAGAUAGACAAUGAAGAGAUUAGCCAGUACUACUUAUAUGCAACAUUUAUGCCCCCAGGGGAUAGCAAGUUCAUUGUCAGUUUUGAUGGAACAAAAUAAAGACUCUUUCCAUUUUAUUCAAGCAGAAAUUCCUGCUGCAAACCAAGAGAUUCUGUUACAUAAGAAACGGAUCAGAAAAAGAUUACUGAUUCGACAAUUUAAUGUUCAUAAUUCUAUAUUUAAAGACUGGAAGCCAGACACUCCUGAAACCUUAAAGAUGUCUUUAGAUUGUGACUUUAGCCAUUCUCGGAUUAAGAAGUUCAUCAAGGGACAAGAAGAAUAUGACACAAUUUACUCAAUGUUUUACAAUAAUAUUGCGAGAAUUAAAGAGAUAUUCAACUAUAGCAUUGGGGUAUCUUCUUAUCCCUACAUCUCCUUCCUGGAGUUUGGAAAGCUAGCUCAUAUGUGGAAUAUCCCUGAUAAAGGAACUUGACCAAUGAGUGUUAUUGAUACUGUGUUUAUAUAACCACUAAUUAUGAAGAAGUUAACAGAGAUCAAAACCCAGAGAAGCUUCUCUGUAGAUAUGAGUUUUAUGAGAUUCUUAUCAGGAUUGCUUACCACAAGUACAUUCUCUCCAAAACUUGAAAAAAUCUGCCAGCCGCUGUUUCAAGGCUACUCACAGACAACAUAUUUAACAAUUCAGAGCAUGUGUUUACUGGCCAACGAUGGAGAAAGGAUGAGCUUUGGCUGAUGGAGAUAGAUGACUUGUAUAUGGCCAAUAUUACCUCUUUGAAAACAGUCUUUCAAAUGUUCAAGCAUAAGCAUUAUAACUAUUGGCUCAGACAAGACACGAUUAGGGUCUGAAACGACAAACUCGACAUCAACAUCGACACCCAAAACAUCCAACUAGCAUUUUCCCUCUGCAAAAUGACAGUUGUAGACGAAAUGGAGGAGCACAAGAAACUUGAAAGAAUAGAUUUCGCUGAAUUCAUAGAAUUUAUCGCAAGAAUUGGCCAAAUAGUCUUCAUCAAGAACAAGACAAUGAGUCUGUAUGAUAAAAUUGUCUAUAUAAUGCAGAAGUUCUUCGCUCUGAUCCCUGCUGAAGUCAUCUACCCCAACACUGAUAUCCUUGUGGAGUCUGAGUCAGAUGAGGACGAAUUCCAGUAAACCAAAUCGUCUUAAAAUUAACCAU